UUGACUACAUCUUCCUGUAAGCGCACACUAUUGGGAAAACUGCUACAAUGGACUGGAGUUUGUAAAAGAUUUUGGAUGAGCAAAACUCUUUAAAAUGUACUUGUACAAAGAGGACUUUGAUUCCUUGGGUGAAAGUGAAGAUAACACUUUUCGAAAAUCUUGGCUCUGGUCGCAAACCAUGAACUAUGUUGGACAGUUGCUGGUAACGGUCAAGGAACUAUACAAGGGAUUAAAUCCUGCAACACUCUCUGGGUGCAUCGAUGUCAUCGUGGUUCAACAGCAGGAUGGCACUUACCAGUGCUCACCGUUUCAUGUUCGGUUUGGAAAGCUUGGGGUACUUCGUUCAAAAGAAAAUGUGAUCGAUAUCGAAAUUAAUGGGGAUCCAGUUGAUCUGCAUAUGAAGUUGGGUGACAAUGGAGAAGCAUUCUUUGUACAAGAGACGGAGAUAGAAAAUGAAGAAGUUCCUCCACACUUAGCCACCUCUCCCAUCCAUACGGAAGAAGGACAGUUCUUCAAGGAUAUGAACUUGGAGAAAUCUGGAGCUGAUCUGAGAGAGGGACAGAACUUGGAGAAUGUUGUCCAGGAAACGGGCCCAGAGACUGCGGUGUGCUCAGGCUCAGGGAAGAAGAAAAAGCGACGCAAGAAAAAAUUUAAACCAGAUGGCAAAAAGGAAGAGCGCACUUCAGGUGGAAGUGAAGACAUAUUUGAAAUGGACACGAGUUCUGAGGAAGACAAACCAGUGCCCUCUUCCAGGGGAUUGAUGUAUUCUUCUUUGAAGGAAAAUGAUUUAAAAGAAUCUACAGCUUUUCGCCAUGAGGUCAGUUACCCACAUUCUGAUGGUGACUGGUCUCCAAUUGAGAGCAUGUCCUUUUCCCAGGCUGUUUCCCCUAAAAGCGAUUCUGAAUUAAUGGUGAAACCAACUGACAUGCUGAUGUCUGAGCCCCACAUGCAGUGGUCAUGGGGAGAAUUUCCAGAAUCAACGAGGGUGAAUAAAAUGGAGAAACUGGAACAACCAAGAGCCUUUACCAUUACACCAUCUGAAAACACUCACUUCAGGGUUAUCCUCAGUUCUGCUGCCAUGGAUGUGGAUGUCACUGAUGGGGAAAGCACAACUCAUACUUUACUAAAAUCUGAGCCUAGAUCACAUGUGAACAUUAGCCAGACAAUCGCUGACAGCACAGUUCCAUCCUCAAAGGAAAUUCCCGUUGAAGCACUUUCACAAUCUCCACCCCCACAGAGCAUCCCAGCAACUAAAACUCCUGUAGUAUCUCAAAUGGACAGCUUUCCUACAGACUGUGGAAUGCAGUCUCCUGUUAUUGCAAAAUUAGAUUCUCCAUCAAAGAAAAAAGGUCUCCAUAAACGAAGUCAGCACCAAGGACCUGAAGACAUCUAUUUGGAUGAUCUGCCUGUGCUGGAACCAGAGGUUGCUGCUCGCUAUUUUCCUAAAAGUGAGUUUGACAGCAGUUCUAAACGAUGGACUGAAUCAGAUAUGCAAUCUGGUUCUCAGUCGCCACAGUCAGUAGAAAGUGCGGCAAUGGAUAGUGGCACCGAAUGCCUCUAUGAUUCACCCUCUGACUUACCAGAUCUUGUGUUCUCGCUCUGUGGGGGCCUAAGUGAAAAUACUGAGAUUUCCAUAGAGAAAUUUUUGCAACAUGUUGUUACAUAUCAUGAAUUUGCUGAAAAUCCUGGAAUUAUAGAUGAUCCUAAUCUUGUUCUAAGAAUUAAUAACAGGUACUACAACUGGACAUUGGCUGCUCCCAUGAUUCUCAGCAUGCAGGCUUUCCAAAAGUGUCUACCCAAGGAAACAAUUGAUGACUGGGUGAAAGUGAAGAUGCCAAAGAAGUCUGGCAGGUGGUGGUUCUGGCGUAAGAGGGAUAGUACUGUCAAACAGCCUGAAACAAAACAAGAAAAACUGAAUGAAACCAACAAAAUCGAUCAAAGCCAAAACACUGCCACCAGCAGAUCCAAGGAGGAAGAUUCUUCUAGUGAUGAAGACUCAACCCAACUAAAUGAACCAACAGCAAAUGAUCCAAAACAUUCUGAGAACACCAAUCAGGGAUACUCUGUCUUUUACAAGAAGUCUCUGAGGUUAUCCUCGGAACAAAUUGCAAGUCUGAAACUGAAAGAGGGGCCAAAUGAUGCAGUCUUUAGUAUUACAACACAGUAUCAAGGCACCUGUCGCUGUGAAGGAACAAUAUACCUCUGGAAUUGGAAUGAUAAAGUCAUCAUAUCUGAUAUUGAUGGAACAAUAACCAAAUCUGAUGCUUUGGGGCAGAUCCUUCCGCAGUUGGGCAAGGACUGGACCCAUCCAGGGAUCGCAAAACUUUAUCAUAAGAUACAUGAGAAUGGCUAUAAAUUUCUUUACUGUUCGGCACGUGCCAUUGGUAUGGCAGACAUGACAAGAGGGUAUUUGCACUGGGUUAACGAUAAAGGAACAAUCCUUCCUAGAGGACCCUUAUUGCUGGCUCCUAGCAGUCUUUUUUCAGCACUUCAUAGGGAGGUAAUAGAGAAGAAACCAGAAAAAUUUAAGAUAGAAUGUUUGAAUGACAUCAAAAGUCUGUUUAAUGUUUGCAACCAGCCUUUCUAUGCUGCUUUUGGGAACCGACCUAACGAUGUCUAUGCCUACAAGCAAGUAGGAGUCCCAGACUACAGAAUCUUUACAGUUAAUCCUAAAGGUGAACUAAUACAGGAGCAAACUAGGGGUAAUAAAUCUUCGUAUAUUAGAUUGAGUGAGCUUGUUGAACAUGUCUUCCCUUUGCUCAGUCAAGAACAGUGUUCUGCUUUUAUUUAUCCAGAAUACAGUUACUUCAACUAUUGGCGAGAUGUGCUGCCAAGUAUCAGUAUGGAAGAACUUAAUUAGGUAUUGGUAUUCAUUGAACUCUUGUCAAAGAAAUUCCAAGUACUGUUUAUACUUUACAAGAAAUCUGAUUCGGGUACAGAUUAAUGAAGAUUUUUAUUUUGUGUACUGAUUUCAAUUGUUGUAGAAGCAUGAUAACACAGUUAAUACCAGCACAAUUCUCAGGAAUAUAGCCCAGUGUUCAUUUUACCAAUUGGUUGCAGCAGAAGGAAAACCAUGAUUUUAGUCAUGAGCUGUGUCUUUAUACAAAAGCAUUGCAUAUACUGUUAGUACUCUACUCUCAUCCUUCCAGUUGCUACUUCUAGUAACUUUUUAAACAAAACAGCUUUGUUUAGAGUAGAGACAAUGCAGUAUAUUGAAAGUGACAAUAUUUUUAAUACCAGGAAAAUGGGCUUGAUCUGUUGAAUAUAAUGGAAUCUAACAAUAACUAAAAUGUCCAAUUACAGUUUGUAGCAAUGAUCUGAAUCAUGUUGCAAAACCUCAUGCUAUUUGGUGCUGCUUCACCUGUAGUGUAAAUGAAUGCCAAUUUUGUAUGUGUUUUCAAUUGUAAAAAAAAAUCAUGAAACAAAUUGCACUUUCAUUCUAUAAAAUCAGAUGUGUACCUGAUCACUCAAAUGGAAGAGAAAAAGUCUGCAUGUAACCUGACACUCAUUACAACCAUUGACUAUUUUUGUGUAGGCAGGCUACUUGUAACUUUUAUGUAUUUUAUAACCUAUUGCCAUAUACAUUAUCUAUUCUCUCAUGAAUGCCUUCAAUUGGUAAAAUAAUGUUUGUCAGCCUUGUUAGAGUAGAAAAGGAAGUGUUUUACAUUGAGGCAUUUCACAUUACAGCAAGGGAUUCUUUCUAUGAAAGAUGUAGAUUAGUGUGUUAUGAAAACACAUGAAAAGAUAAUUAUCUUUAAAGUGCUUAAAUUGGAUAUAUUAUACUGGUGAAAGAUAAAUAAUCAUAUUUCUUAGAUUAACUGUUCUUCACUUUAAACUAUCUCUGCCAGAAAUGUUUCAUUUUUCCAAAGAGCAAGAAAUUAUGAAUUGUUUUAAUCACCCGUCCUGCACAAAUUCUAGGGGGGCCACCUUAUAAUCAGUUAUAAUCCUGGUAAAAGGUUUACAGAAUGUUCUCACACCUGUACACAUUGUGUUCAUUUACUAGCCUCAUCAAAUUUAGUUUAAAAACUACGGAAAUUAUACACAGUAACAUUUUGUGUUGAUCAUUUGAUAUGUUUCUGAUCAUAAAUAGUAUUUGCACACAUUAUCAUGAGAAAGUUUAAUACAUGGAAACUUGGUUUAUGUAUGCUGAUUUCUGAUGACCACAGCACAGUUGCUUUGUCCAGCUUGAAUUUCAGUGAUUGUAUUAGUAAAUGUAUCAGUAUUAUAUGGCAGAAUGUGUACCAUUAUACCCAUGUUUAACACAAUCUUGCUGAGACAUUUAUUAUUGAGUCAUGGAAUAAAUAUAACAUGAGAAACCUUGUAUUUCUGUGUGAUC